UGUUUUUGGGAUGUGGGAGGAAACCAGAGUGCCCAGAGAAAACCCACACAGGCACGGGGAGAUCUCGCAAACUCCACACAGGCGGGUGAUUGAACCAGGAACCUCAGAGCUGUGAGGGUAACGCUUUACCAGCUGCUUCACCGUGGCGCAUUGUGAAACAUAAUAUUGAAAUACGUUUGGUUUAGCUUUUUUGGUGUCAAUAUGGUUAUUUUUUGUUGCGCUGUUAGCUGUCAAAACUGUGCAGGCAGUUGCAAAGAAUUAACUUUUGACCGAGUUGUCCGCGAGGGUUCUACAGAGAGGUCUCAACUAUUUCACGCGAGGAUAUGUACAUGGAAUUAAGAUUUUCGAUGGAGGAGGACGCAGUUGAGAGUUACAGGAUAAAAUAGUGGAAUCGUACUGGACAUGUAAAGCAGGGAUAAAUGGACAUGGUUCACAUAUUGUUGGCCUUGUCAAGUCUCUUCAAGGGGUGAAACGCCACAAUUUCACCCAUAUACCUGAGCAGCAAAGUUGCACAACCAUACCUCAGCAGUGGCAUGUCCCCAGAGGUGCCAAAAUACAGCCUGUGGCUAUCAACCAUGUAGUGGUGGCAAAACCCUCUGAAAAGAGAAAGAGGAAACCUGUUGUAUGACAUGUGGAUACAUAUUACAGGCUACCAACUGUAACCACUGAGGAUGUAAAGCAUCGACAAAAUUUAACUCGUACACCUUUAGCAGCUGCACUUUCCAUGAAUGUACCAUCAAUAAGCACACCUCUAGGGGAAGUUCAGAUUGUCUCUCUACUUUCUUAUCAGGUGUUGCAGGUUGCUCUAAUGACAACUCAUGGAGAGGACAGAUUUUCAGAGGUGGCUAGAGUCAAUCUCUACCACCUUCCUUACUCUAAAUGACCAGCAGCGCAAUCAGUCUUUGGACCACAUCAUAUUCCUUAGUGGUGCUGCCCAGCUUCGUCAUUUGUCUAAUGGCUUGGAGGCACUGCUCAAACGUGACUUUCUACGACUCUUGCCUCUGGAACUGGCUUUCUACUUGCUGCGGUGGUUCGAUCCACAGACUUUACUCACUUGCUGCCUAGUCUGCAAGCAAUGGAAUAAAGUGAUAAAUUCAUGUACAGAAGUGUGGCAGAAUGUUUGUCGGGACCUGGGCUGGAGGAUUGAUGAGUCCAUUCAGGAUGCAUCCCAUUGGAAAGGUGUCUACAUUAAGGCUAAACUGCGUAUGGUACAGCUGAAGGAUCAGAAGGCCUUUGAGACUUCCUCACUGAUUGGCCACAGUGCUCGUGUGUAUGCUCUCUAUUAUAAAGAUGGUCUACUCUGCACAGGAUCUGAUGACCUCUCUGCAAAAUUAUGGGAUGUACGCACUGGGCAAUGCAUUUAUGGAAUUCACACUCAUACCUGUGCCACAGUGAAGUUUGAUGAACAGAAGCUUGUGACUGGAUCCUUUGAUAACACAAUUGCGUGCUGGGAGUGGAGCACAGGAGCCAAAAUUCAGCACUUCCGUGGCCACACAGGAGCAGUUUUCAGUGUGGACUACAAUGAUGAGAUGGACAUGCUGGUGAGCGGCUCUGCAGACUUCACUGUGAAGGUCUGGGCUUUGGCAGCUGGUGCCUGUCUCAACACUCUGACUGGACAUACUGAAUGGGUUACCAAGGUAAUACUACAGAAAAGUGAAGUGGAGUCCAUGGUGCACAGUCCUGGCGAUUACAUCCUCCUAAGUGCUGAUAAGUAUGAAAUUAAGAUAUGGCCUUUGGGAAAAGAAAUUAACUGUAAGUGCUUAAAGACACUGUCAGUGUCAGAGAACCGCAGCAUCAGCCUUCAACCCCGUUUGCAGUUUGAUGGACGCUUCAUUGUUUGCAGCUCUGACAUCGGAGUAUAUCAGUGGGACUUUGCCAGUUUUGAGAUUCUCAGGGUGAUAAAAACACAGGAUCCAACCAACUUGUCCAUGCUGAGCUUUGGUGAGGUGUUUGCACUCCUUUUUGACAACCAUUUCCUCUAUGUGAUGGAUCUCAGGACAGAGUCGAUUUCAGGUCGAUGGCCUCUCCCACCUUACAGGAAAUCAAAACGUGGCUCCAGUUUCCUCGCUGGUGUGACAACUUGGCUCAAUGGCUUGGAUGGACACAAUGACUCUGGACUGGUGUUUGCAACAAGCAUGCCUGACCACAGCAUUCACUUAGUACUAUGGAAGGAAAAUGGGUAAAGGGCAUGAAACUUGAUAUUCUCGACAUGAUGUUCAGCACCAUCAUGUGGCAUCCAUGAACAUGAAGAGUAUGGCUUCAUUGACAUAACAUCUUUUUGUUAAUUCCAGCUAAUCAUGCAGCACUUCCAGUCAUGUAGAACUACAAUAAGAAAGGACAUUACGCGAUGUUUCCAUUUAAUCAGAAAACGCAAAACCACUUCAUGAAACCUCUGCAUGACUUAGCGAUGGUGAAAGACUUGAAUAUUGAGUUCAAAAUAAA